UACACGAGAAACAGUAAAAUCUUUUGAAAACACACGAUACAAAAGUUUUGGGUAGAAACGAAAUUCAUGGAUAAUUUUACAAAAGAUAUGACUUUAACGAUAAAAUGGAAGACAAAUACGACAGCAAAGUUGAAAAUUCAGCUCAAAGUGAUGUCACAGAUACAAAGAAAAUUGAAAGUGAAAUAACAGAUCUUGCUCAACAGGAUUCAGAAAAAUUGAAGAAGAGCAAAGGAUUUUGCCAUUGGGGAGUCGGUGUUUGGUACAAGCCAGGAUUUCAGAUUCGUUGUAGGUGUAUGAAAUGUACUUGUCGAGGAAGAGGAAUCUGGGACUGCAAAUAUAACUUUGCUUACUGUCCUUAUUAUUGCUGUUCAUCAGGAAUUGGUUUAGAUACAGCCGUAUUUCUUGCCAAGAAUGAGAGUAAAAAGUAUAAAGUAUACGCUUGUAUGCGUAAUCUUGCAAAGAAAGGACCUUUGGUUGAAAAAGCUGGUGAUAGUCUUGACAAGACAUUAUUUAUCUUGGAGAUGGACGUGAAAAGUGAAACUUCAGUGAACAAAGCCAUUAAGCAUGUCUUAGAUGUUGAUGGAAGAGUCGAUGUUCUUAUCAACAAUGCUGGUAUUGGCUUAAUGGGUGUCUUGGAGCAUCAAAGUAUGGAAACUAUAAGAAAUAUAUAUGAAACAAAUUACACUGGAGUGGUGCAUGGCAUCAGGGCAGUGUUACCCUCAAUGAAGAAAAGGAAAAGCGGUCGUAUAAUCACUGUUAGCUCCGUUUAUGGUUUAAUGGGUGCGCCAUUGAAUGCUGUUUACUGCUCCACCAAGUUUGCUGUCUGGGGUCUUAGUGAAGCUUUAGCUCCUGAAUUAAAAAAAUAUAACAUAAACAUAUCAUUGGUUGAGCCAGGUGCAGUAGUCACAGAAUUUUUAAAUGCUGUUGAUUCAAAAGGAUUUGGUGGUGCGCAGGAAGGAGACGAGAUUACAAAGUCUAUGCUUGAUAAGCUUGGUCAGUUGAUUAAAACCGUUGGGUCUGUGUCUCAAAGUGGGGAGGAUAUUUCAAAAUAUAUCCUGCAAGCUAUGGAGGAUGAGUCUCCGCAUUUUCAUUAUAUCACUAAUGAGUCUUAUCUAGAGAUGGCAAAGAAGAAAUUUAUCGAUGUAACUGGUGACAAAAUCGCUAAUUCAAGCUUCGAUGAUUUCUUUUCUGGCAAAUAGAAACAAUCAUACCUUUUAAUUUGUGUAUCUUAUGUAAUUAUAUGUUCACUUUUCUGAACGAAAAUCUCAAUUAUACCCCUAAUAUUAGUAAAA